AUGUGCAGGCAGCUCUCGAGGAGGAAGCGCUUCGGUGCUCCCCUCGGUGGGUGGACGCGCUUCGGUGCUCCCCCACGGGCCGUGGGAAGCGUUCGCGCUCCUCGGCCGCCGUCGGUGAAGACGGCAAAGGAUCGCAAGCGGUCCGGAAAAGGAGGCCACAAGGGUGGCAAGGGAAAGCCCUGGAAGGGCAAGGCCAAGAAAGGCCAAUCAAAGGGCCAGUCGGCCCGGAAGGAGGAGAAGGACCGCCCUGCUGGUGAGCCGGACCAGCAGCUUGUGGCAAAGGCAAAGAAGAGGCCGAACAAAAGCCAAAGGAGAGGAAGACGAUCCAACAAGGCACUGCUUAAGAGAGCCGAGCAGGGCUUUGAGAAAGACUCCGAGGAGCUGGUGAGGAGAACAGCGGUUGCAAAGCCAAAGCCGAAGAGAAGGUACCGGCUGAGGAUCACACCGCGGGUUGAACAGCUGAAGGAGCAGUGGGCUUCGCUUUCCUUCAGGGAGCGAGUGGCGGCCCAACGUGAGCUUCGGGAGAGCGGUCUUUUGCCUCCGGGGUCAGUUGGGGAACAUAUCCUGAAGCCGUUUCAGGAUCCGUGCACCACGUGCGACGAGAGGCAGAAGAAGCAAAAGCCUCACGUGCUGCAGGCAGCAAGCAGGGCUGUCAAGCGGCAGCUCCGGGCCCUUCGGCUGAAGAAGGAGAAGAAGGAAAAGAAGGAAAAGAAAGAGAAGAAGAAGAAGAAGCGAAAGGCCAAGGAGGAGCUUCUUUACACAGAGGACGAGGCAGACGACGAGGAGCUUCGGGGGCAGCUCCAGCAGUCUGCUGAGCUGACCCAGGCGUUGCAGGGGGACCCGGCGGUUUUCAAUGAUUGGGUUUUCAUCCUGCGCUCCUACCUCUCGGCCAUGGACCAGCGCUACCAGGCCCUUCUGCAGCGAGCGGAAACUUCGACCACUGGACUCUGGAACAGGACUUUGGAUCCAGUGGAGAAAGGCCUCAGCACACAACUUUAUUUUAUACUUGUGAUGCUGUGCCGCGACAGGGCGCUGGACAAGCUGCACAACGCAGGGGAGUCCGAAGGACUUGAGGCAUUUCGCCAGCUGUACCUGGAGUACAACCCCAAGCUUUCCUCACGCUAUGUGGGGUUGCUUUUGGAGAUCCUGAGGUACCGCUUUGAGGGCGACCUGGUGUCCUGCGUGGAGUCCUUUGAGAGAAAGGUGCGAGAGUAUGAGAAACAGAGCGGCAAGGAUGUGGACGAUGACACCGUGAUCGGCAUCGUUAUCCUUGGGAUGGCGGAUGCUGCUGUGAAGGAGCAUCUGGUACGGCACGCGAGCCGGCUGGACACAUGGUCAAAGAUGCGUGGGGAGAUCCUGGAGAUAGCCAGGACGCAGCAGUAUCUGAAGAACACGCCGCAGGACAUGGAGCUCGGUGGCGUCCCAAAGGGCAAAGGAAAAGACAAAGGAAAGGACAGAGGAAAAGACAAAGGAAAGGACAAAGGAAAAGGCAAGGGAAAGGACAAGGGAAAAGGCCAACAGAGUGGCACCGGUGCUGGCAAAGGCCAGCGUCUUUGCUUCUACUGCCAGAAGCCGGGGCAUACAAAGGACGUGUGCCGAAAGAGGCUCUCUGACCUGAAGAAGGCCGAAGGCAGUGGAAAAG